UCAACCUAGCUUACUAGAUAAGGAGUUCUAUUUAGAAGGGUGCUUGGAGACCGGUUCCCGGCUGCGAGGGUAUAUAAGCGGGAGCUGGAGUUCCAGAGCCCAUUCCCGUGCUCCCUGCUAAAGAACCAUCAUGUGGCGGCUGUGCGUGCUGGCUCUGAUCGCGACUGCCUCGGCGCAGAUCCCCUCACUAGGAUGGUGCCCCGAUUAUCAACCCAUGGCCAACUUCAACAUGAACCGAUUCCUGGGCACCUGGUACGAAGCGGAGCGUUACUUCACAGUCAGCGAGUUGGGCAGCCGCUGCGUCACCACCAAGUAUGAGCAGACUCCGGAGGGCAGGAUCCUGGUGUCCAACGAGAUCACUAACUCACUCACGGGAAUGAAGCGCGUGAUGGACGGGCACUUACAAGUGAUCGGGCGUGAGGGCGAAGGCCGCAUCAUCGUGAAAUACUCCUCGCUGCCCGUGCCCUACGACAACGAGUUCAGCAUCUUGGACACCGACUACGACAACUACGCUGUCAUGUGGUCUUGCAGUGGCAUCGGGCCCGUGCAUACGCAAAACGCGUGGGUGCUGACCCGCGACCGCCUCGCCAACAUGCAAAUCAUGCAGAGCGCGUACGGCGUACUGGACCGUUUCAAGAUUUCCCGGGCUUUCUUCGUGAAGACCAACCAGGCUGACUGCAAUGUCUUUCCUGACCCGGCCGCUGACCCCAUUGCAGCGAAGUCUGCUGUUGUGGAUGUUGUUGCCAAGAACGUGCCCGAGGUGGCGGAGAAGAUUGAGCAUAUUGUUGAGAUGUCGAUAAUUAGACAAAUAGCCGUGUUCCUAUGCGGAUUCGUGAUGCUUCGCAUGUGCGAGGCACAAGUGCCCUUCCUCGGCACGUGCCCCGACGUCGGCGUGAUGGCCGAUUUUAACCCCAGUCGGUACUUGGGCAAGUGGUACGAGGCGGAGCGGUACUUCGCAGUGUUCCAGCUAGGUGGCCGCUGCGUCACCGCCGACUAUAACGAAAGAGACAACGGCGUCAUUGGCGUCGUCAACAAACAGCUCAGCAGCUUGACGGGCAUAAUGUCGGAGAUCCAAGGCGAGGCUCACCAAGUGUCCCGCUCCGAUGAAGGCAAGCUGUCGGUCCGGUUCCCCUCGCUUCCCUUCGCGUUCUCAGCUCCCUACUGGGUGGUGGACUCGGACUAUGACAACUACGCCAUCGUUUGGGGCUGCAAUGACUUCGGAGUGUUCCACACACGUAACGCUUGGAUCCUCACCAGAUCAAGAAACCCAGAGUUGUCAGUCCUCGAAAAGGCCUACACUGUUCUGGACAAGAACAACAUCAGUCGCGCUUACUUCAUCAGAACCGAUCAGAAAAACUGUCCAGAUAAUGAGUAGAAUGAAUACCCUACC